AUGUGCUUGCGGGACAGAAUCCCAGGAAUGCAGCCCGCUGUUCAGCAGGGCAGCCGCUUCAUGCAACAAGGUGGUCAGGUUGGUGUGGUACCUGGUCAGUUGGGAGUCAACACCAAUGCUCUGCUUCAAGGGGGAAGUUUGGGAGGCACGUCAAGCUUCAGUGUGGGCAGCCCCAGCAGCACCCGCAGCGGCAUGCAUGGAACGACCCUCUCCUCUCUUCAGGGUUCCCCUGGUGGCCCUUUUUCUCAAGGGUGGCGAAUGGCCAACGUGGCAAGCCCCGUUACCAGCCCUACCCUUGCCAGCAUGGACAGCCCGCUGGCCAUCGGCAUGGGCAUCGGCAACAGCCUGCAAGGCCUGACUUCCACUGGCCUUCAGUACCACAUGCAGAGCGGCCUCACAGGGUCGCUCGGCAGUGGUCAUCUGACAGGUGGCACCAGUUCCAAUAUGGGUCCUGUCAUCAAGGGCGACCAAGGUGGCCAGAUGGCACUCAUGUCUGGUCUGGGACUCCAAGGCAAUGGUGCCACAAAUUUGGGAACACUGGGUGGAGUGGGAAUGGGUGGGCCACUGAAUGGUGGUCUGGGGGGUGCUGGCCAGGGCACCAUGCUUCAGCAGCAGAUUGCACAGGCUAAUGCGGUCAAUGCAGUUAAUGCAGCCAUUGCCCAACACCAGCAGCAACAGCAGCAACAACAGCAGCAGCGCCUGGUGGCUGCACAGCAGGCAGCACUCCAGCAGUCGGCCAGCCUUGGAAGGAAUGUGCUGUCUGGGGCUGCUGGCUUGGGUCUUGCACCUGGCCAGAUGAGCUUGAUCCAGUCAGAUGUGGGCGUUGGAUUGGGUAAAGAAGACAUCAUGCUGCCCCCCGAUGCCGCUGCUACCCUUUAUGUUGAUGGCAUACCGGCUGACAUCACAAGACGCGAAUUUGCCCAUGUCUUCCGCCCCUUCGAUGGGUACAAGGGUUCCAGAGUCGUGAUAAAGGAGAGGGAGAAUGGCAAGUCGAUGCAGGUGUACGGCUUCGUGGACUUCAACACUCCACAGGAGGCUGCCUAUGCCAAGCAGCAGCUGCAGGGGUACCCCAUGGACUUGGAGGAAGAGACUACCAACUGCCUGAACAUAUCAUAUGCCCGGCCAUUGCGCAACCCCAACGUCGUGGGCAGGAAGGGCCACAAGGCAAGAGCGACGAAAGCCAUCUGA